UCAAGGCCUCAAGAACUGUGUGUUUUAAAAUAGAAUUGGAAAUUUUUGCCAUCAUUCGUUUUGAAAUAAAUUUAUCUGGCUCAUUUUCAUUCAUCAAUAGGUAGAUUUGUUGUUUUGAGUCAGGAUACCACAAAUGAAUUAACAAGCUUUGUGUGUCAUCGCAUCAGUAGCAGCUAAAGCUGCUUAUAGCAGCAUGAAGAUUAUGGUGCAGUGAUAAUUCAUCGUAUAUUUAAACCAUUUGAAAGAUCAUGGCACCAAUUAAACGGCCAAAGCGUUACGGAAGAUACGGUGCAGAGCCAGGUGGCGAAGCCUGCAACAUCCCUCGAAGCACAUUUCAUGGGUGGCUGAGGACAACUGGAGAACAGUCACAAAUCGUCGAAACGCCCUCUUCAGCACAAGCAGCAGAAAUAAAUGCAGACAACAACAGAAAUAUAGAUGAAGACAACCGUGAUCAUCUACCACUUCAUCAUCCAUACAUCAUGAAUUCAGAUAACGAGUUGGAAACAACAAGACAGUGUGUGGUGGUUGCAGGUGACGAAAAAGCGCACAGCCCUCAGCAAUCGACGCCUUCUCCAACAGUAACUGACGAUGAACCUAUCCACCCUUCACUUGUUUUGGGUAAAGGAGAAUUACUAUCUCUCAUUCUAGCUUUCUACAUCCGCUUUAAGUUGUCAAAGUCUUGCCUUGAUAGCUUGUUGCACAAACCGACGCAAGAGCAGCACAGAGGCACAGCAGCAAAGUCGAAGACCACAAAGGACGAGACAGUGGAUUCGCAGAUCGGAGCCAACUAGAACGUACGUGGGAGUCACCACAGACAUCCACCAGACAACCAACACCGAGAAGGCCCGCAGAGGAAGUAGGAGACCGCUCAAGCCAAGGAUCCCGACUAUCGUUGACGUAAGACACCUCGGACCUCACAGGACACCCGCAAGAAGAAACCCUGCCCCAUAGCCCAACAGUAUCUCGAGAAAACGUAAAGUAUUAUCUCGAGAAAAGUAUUGGCAGAUCAAGACCUUUUUUCCCCAGUACAGAACGUGGAGUUUCAACCAGAAGACGAAAGAGACGAAGAUGAGCUAUAUACACCACGAAGACUCUGGAACGAAAUGAGGGCCGAAUACCAACCAGCGGCAGGUGACACCGAACUAAACUACAGACAGCUUUCGUCAGAGUCCGACGAGGAAUCAGACGGCGCCGAGGGUACAGUUGGCCUACUCACAAGCUUCAACUAUACAACACCAACCACCAGAACAGCAACAGGAAACCGAACUCUGACACCAACGCAGCCGGAAAAUAACCCGACACCAGCGAACACACCAACAACAGGAAGACCGUCACCCCAACACCCCACUCAACACACACGAUACCCGGCCCUACCAACAGUUCGGAACUCCCGACGACAAACAUUGCCACCGGACUUCUCAAGUUCAAGGCUUCCCCUGUCUUCUCGGGCAAAGGAGGAGAAGACGCCGCCGACUGGAUGGAUCGAUACGAGGUACUAGCAGACUACAACCGGUGGACUGACGCAGACAAACGAGCAAACUUCGGAAUUUACCUCGAAGGACCAGCAAGACAGUGGUUCCAACGCCUGACACCACCCAACGGGUGGGGAGACACUGCGGCAGUAGCAGCCACCCAACAACAGACCAGGACACCGGCGAUAAGCGGAAUGCGUUCCAUCUUCAUGAAAGAAUUCCUACAAGAUAGCUAUGCCGGAUAUCAAGAAAGGAAACUUCGGAUCCGCAAACAAGGCACAAACGAACCCACCGCAAAAUACUACUACGAGAUAAUAAACUUAUGCCGAUUGAUGGACCCUAACAUGUCCGAAGAAGCAAAACUACACCACCUCUACGAAGGACUAAAACCUACAUUGGUGGAGAAAAUCUUGGUCCUCCUACCCAAAACUUGCAUCGACUUCCUAGCAGCGGUAAGGAGACACACUGAAGCAGCCGAACUAGCAUGCAACAAAGGAUGGGCCGUCCACAUGCUAGAAGAAGAAAGGGAGAGAGAAGAGGAAAAAAGUGUCGCAGCAGCAACCAGCAGGGAUAACGAGGAACCCUCACUGAAGCAACUUCUAGAAGUCGUGCAACAACUACAAGGAGAAAUAGUAGCUAUGAAGAAACGCGGGGGAAGGAAGGAGAGGAGCCGAGCAGACAACGGGACAACACAAAGCCAGAAUGAAGCAACACCCCCACAAAGGACAGCAGAUGGACGGCAGAUCUGUUUCUACUGCAAAGCCAAGGGGCACAUUAAGAGAUACUGCCCGGAUAAGAAAGAAGACGACGACAGACGUAACAACACGACCGUAGCAAUGAUCAGCACAUCGGACGAAGAAGAUGACAAGGAGAUACUGCUACAAAUCGACGCGGGACAACUGCUGACAGAAGGAGUGAUAAUUGGAACAAACGACACGAAUAAAAAGACCGAAGCGGCAAUCGAGACAGGAGCAGCGGUAUCGAUCAUAUCCCCCAAACUAACAGAAGACAUGGCCAUAGAACUCAAGACCUGGGGCGGGCCACAAAUCGUAAUAGUAAACGGACAGCGGACACCCCCCUUAGGAAGAGUGGAGCUGACAAUAACCAUUGGGACGACAACAGUCCAAGCGAAGGUGCUAGUACUGGAGAUGCGAGGGAUCAACCUACUCUUAGGCAACGACGUGCUGAGACGUUUUUAAAAAACUGGAGAUCGAAUACGGCAAGGGGAAACCAAAGAUGCGAUUCGGCAAUCUACCAGUACCGAUGGAAAUCGAACACAAACACCGGCCGCAAAGAUAGUAGCAAAAAG